UUGUUUUUACCUGUGCAGGUACUCUGUAACAGUUCUCCAUUGAAGACCAGUUUGAUUCCAAAUGAAUUCAUGCUGCAAGUGGAAAACCGCAGCACAUGGAGGAAGUUACCAGUACCAGUGAACAACGAGCUGAGGAGAAUCUUCACCCGUGCAAAAUUGUUUGAUAGACUUAUAACAAGAAGCAUCAACGACCUUCAGAAAAUUUACAAAGAUUACUUGAACAAACAUUGCUUGAGUUUCCUCCAAGAAGGUGAUCCAAGUGGUCUGAAGGUUCCCAAUUCCUAUGAGAAAAACAUCCAGAAAUGGCGCCAGGAAAUUCAAAACGAAUACACCAUUCUGCAAUGUCAACUGACAGAAUUACAAGACUUGGGUGUUUCUCUAUUGAAUUACGUUUCAACUAUUGACAGAGUGAGUCAGGUAAUGAGCGAGGUCCUCGACUUCUUACCUCAUAUAAUCGAACUGAUUAAACUGUGGUUAAUCGAAGAAGAGAUAUAUUUGAAGAAAAUCGAAGACGAACUCAGCUCUUUGUUACGGAAUAAGAGUCGUUGUAGCAAAGCCUUGCGCCAACAACAUGUGGUCGUGAAAGAGGUCCGGGGCAACUACCAACAGCAAAAAUUCAUCAGUCAGAGGUUAUGGCAAGACGUCAAAGCAACCCUCCAGGAAAAGAAAGUCCUCGAACAACAAGAAAAUAUCCUCAAAAACAACUUGAACGUCACGGAAAGCGAAUUGAGUCUCAAGAAAUCUACUCGUGCCGAUGCCGAGGUGCAGUUUCAGAGUCACCAAAGCACUUCACCGAUGUUCUUCGACCACUGGACUGAUUUUAUCGAGAAACAGGAACUUGACAUUUGCCAGCUGAGACUUCGAAGAGAUCGCGUUAAAGUCGAAUGGAGCCGAUUGAUCAAAUCGAAAUACUAUUGCCAGAGGAAACUCGAUGAUGUAGACAGCAAGUAUCAGAGCUGCAAGAAGGUUCUGGAUCAAAUGGAGAGCAAACUUCAGAAAGAAGAAGAUGAUUACUUAAAACUGGAGAGGGAUUUGGACGGCCUUAUUGCCAAGGUUGAUGUUCUGGAAAGAAUCAGAGAACAGAAAAUACAAACGCACACCAUUGAAACGAUAUUUAUGAAACCAAAAGCUUUAGAAUCUGAGCCCAAUUCGGACACCACUUUUGACAAGGCCUCAAGUCUGGUUGCAUCAGAAAUCGGCAAAGACUGGAUUUGCUUGUACAAAAUCUUACCAUUCCGUCCAACACGAGAUAUAAGAUCCAGAAUGCGCGAUAUCGAAAUAAUUGAAAACCAAUACCAGAGCGGUGAUCAAGCUACGAAGGAAAUGGCAUACCAAGCCUUGCAGAAAUGGAAACUGUUCAGUGACCAUUCCAGCAUCAAAAAUUUGACCAAUGCACUGGAAAGACUGAACAAAACGGAGAUUUUGAUGAUGAUGAAAAAAAAUAAAUUUAUUACAGCAAAAUAAAUAUGCAACAUACACACACACACACGUACAUAUGUAUGUAUGUAUGUAUGUAUGUAUGUAUGAAUGGAUGGAUGUGUAUAUAUAUAUAU